GUGGUGAAACCCAGCGUCUCAAGUCCGUGCCUCACUCAUCGGGUGCAGAGGUGUGCCAGGAGCCACCCCCAGGAGGUGGCCCCGUGCAAGGGUCAGGGAGGGCCCCGGCAACCAGGGCUUGGCUGCAGCCCCCAGUGCGCUGGAGGGCCAGGCGUGGGACAGGCCUUUCCUCCUGCGGCCUGAGUCUGCCUGGCAGGCCCUUAGGGGAAGAGGGGGAGGGCUGCGGUUAACCUUGACCUUCCACAAGCCGCACCUGCCUGGUGUGUGGGAAGGUCACACAGGGAACAGACUGUGGAGCUGGCCGUGAGUUCUAACUAACAACACAACUAACCCAGAGCUCCAGACGCUUCAUAGUGGUUUCAGAGCUGCCUGCUCCUCAAAGGUGUUCUGCAAAUACUGCCGGGUCCAGGCCCAGGCCUCCUGCUUGUCUCAGUCUUGGGGGGAGAGUGGUGACAUCAGUCAGCUGCACCCCAGGCCACCCCCUUACCCCGCCACCAAGCUGCUGCAGCCCUCAUUCUGACAAACGGAGGCUGGGGCUUGCCUGCUGUGGCCCUCUGGCUUUCCAGGCCGCCGCCUCCCUGACCCAGGGGCCCAAGUACAGGUGGUACCGCUUCCCGUGGUCUUCCCCCAAGGCCAGGGGAGCCCCCUGCCGCCCUGCCUCAGAUGGCCAGGGCACUCCAGGCUGCCCUACCAGCCCCGUCCAUCCUGGGGUCGCCCACCUGGGGCUCCCUGAGGCCCCCAGCACCCAGGGCAGCGAAGCUCCAUGCGAGGCCCUGCCCCCGCCCUCCUUGCCUCACAGCUCCAUUGUGAGGUCAGCGCCUUCCGCCGAGCCCCGGCCAGAGGUGUGCGGCGGGCCGGGGGCUGGACAUGGCCGCCUGUCCCCAGCCCGGCUCCUGCCUUCCCGGUGGCCCCCUCGGCCUCGUGUGUCUGUCCCUUUUGCUCAUCCCUGCUGCAGCCGGAACCUACUGCGAGUGCAGCCUUGGCCUCAGCCGCGAGGCCCUCAUCGCCCUGCUGGUGGUUCUGGCGGGCAUCAGCGCUAGCUGCUUCUGCGCCCUCGUCAUCGUGGCCGUUGGUGUCAUUCGAGCCAAGGGUGAAACGUGCCCCGCACACAUGGACAGCAGGAUGGUGGGGCACUUCGGGGUGCAGGAAGACCGUAUGGACCUGCGCACGGUGCAUGUGGAGUCCCACCUCAUGGACCCCGACAUGGCGGUCCCCAUGAUGCGGCCCCUGGAAGAGCAUGGGCUGAUGACCAUCACCAUGGACUCGACCCUGGAGGAGCCGCCCCCCCCGCCUGAGUAGGGCUUCGGGCGUGGGGGGAGGGGAAUUAAACAGUAUUUAGUUACUCUGUGCUGUCCUCCCUGGGCCCCUCUGGGGGGUGUCUGUGGUGGGGGGGCCCUGCACACACCUGGUCGCCCCCUUUCUCUUCAGUGGGGUGCCUGCUCUAGGCUCGCACUGUCCACCCUCCAGGCAGGGGUCCACACUCUGGGUGUCUGCACUUCCUGCAUGCCUCAGCCUGGCUCCUGCCUGCCCCUGCCUGUGGCUUCCUCCAGUGAAGCCCGAAGGCCCCCGCCCCCACCCCACCCCGGGAAAACGCCAGGACAGGA